UGUUUCAUUUAAUAUGAAACUAACCACAGAUAAAUGAAUUAUUAAUUCGUGAUGUACCUAUAUUAUAUUUUAAAUCAUGAUACACAUAUGGCAUUAAGGUACUCGCCUUCAUAGGUAUUAUCAAAGAACAUCAAAAUAAUCAUUGAAUAAUUACAUGAACAAUACAUUUAGCAGCUUAUCAACUAGUCUAAUUCUUAUCAAAAAGUCAUCAAAAAUAUAUUACUGACAAGUCCUACUUAUUUUUUACCAAUUGUAAUACGGUUUUAGUUAAAAUGAAGUUUUUAAGUGUUGUUACCAAUCAAACAGUAGCCAGCGGAUUUUUAUUUACUGCUUCUUAUGCAGUAAUGCCAGUUGUGUUAGCUAAGGAAGAUCAAGAACCAAAACUCGUCAAACCAAAAGAUUUGUCAAUAUAUCCUGACGAAGUUAAGCAUAAGAAAGUCGAAAAAGAAAAUAAUUGGGAGCCAACCAUAGCUUUAGGUUCCAUUCAAAAAAUACGGGAUGAAAUUAUCAAUCUGAAUCAAAGGUGGUUUAAAGUCAAAGAAAGAGUGUAUACUUUUGUUCAGACUGGGAUCAGUCACUCAGAAUCAUUCAUAGAUAAUUUGAGAGAUGAAAAAAAUGCUACUCUUCGUGCUGGAUUUGUAGCCGGAGGAGGUCUUGCUGGUUUACUAGUUGCAGCUAGAAAAGGAAAGUUUAAAAAACUUUUAUACGCUUCAUCUGGAGCAUCAGCAGCAUUUUAUUUUGGUUAUCCGAAAGAAUCAGAAGAGGCAACAAAAGUCAUUAAACAUUAUUCCAUUGUUUCCUAUCAUUUAAUAAAUAAUGUAACCAAAGACAUAACUGGUUUUGAAUUACCGCCAUUACCAACACCAAAGAAUGAUCAAGAGUCAAACAAAUCUGUAGAAAAUAAACCAGAUUUAAAAGAAUUAUUGUUUUCAAUUAUGGACUCUGCUAAAGGACUGUUGGAAUCUUUAAAAAAAAUGGUUUUUAAUGAAAAAAAUGAACCAACUGAUAAGGACAAAAAUGAUUCAUAAUCAAUUUACAUUUUAUAUUGUUAGUACAUGAUUGUUAUAAAAAACAAUAAUUCAUCAAUGAUAUUAGAUAA